UGCAACUUGUUGUGAUGUCGCUCUUUCGUGCACUCGUAUACACUCUUUACUUAUUCUACGUUUUUUAUUUAUGUAUACUUAGAUGUCGUGACCGGGCUUCCGUAUAUUUUGGCGCGAAGUGAACAAGUGGAAGUCAAUCGUGAAUCUCGUUUCGUUUCUGAUUGCCAAUUUGUUAAAAUAUACUUACCAAAGUUUUACGUGAAGGAUCAGUCUUCGAAGUUAACGAGUAUGAGUACACCGUUAAAAGUGACGAAAAAGCGCGUAGAUAAUGACAAAGAGUCACCCACCAAGCAGCGUACACCUCUACAAUUACCGCAAGAGAAAAAGGUCGGCAUUUACUUUGCACAGUCAAAAAAUGCUAUGAAGUUGGUUGCAAGUUCAUCAGAUUCAUCUGAGCAUGACGAUGAGGAAUCAGAAAACUAUGAAAUAACCGAGGAUGGCUCGCUCAAGAAGAGAAAGCAAUUCAAGGAUCCUUUGUCUAAAAAGUUGGCCAAGAUCAGAAAGACCUUUGAUAGUAACAUCACUGUUGUUGAAAAUGAAGAGGAUGAGUUUGCCCUCAAAACUGAGAAUCAAAAUGUUGUGCCUUCAGAGAAUAAAGAAUCUCCUGAAAAGGUGCUAAAAGAGAUUCCCUCAAUAGAAGCUAAUGGUGAUGUCAAGAGCAAUACUGUGUGUGGAACUAAUAAAAAGAACGACGAGGAAAAGGUUGACAGUCAGUUGCCAGAAUCUAUAGAGAGUUUGGAUGAUUUAUUUGAUGAGGAUUGGUCAUUCAACCAUAAGGGAAAUAAAAAAACUGCCAAUGAACUAGAUGACUUUUUUGUGAAUGAUUGGUCAUAUGAAACUACCAUUGACUUAAGUGAGCCAAAGAGGUGUCUUAUCAUUGAUAUUGUUUGGGAAAAAAUGGAUUUCACAAUGACUGUCAAGGAUCCAAAGACUGAAGCUACUGAAGUUGUCAAAUGUUUUGGAAUCUGGCGCUACACGAAAAUUCAACCUGGAGAAUGUGUUAUUGUAAAAGCUCAGAAAGAAUCUCCUGAUGCUAAAUACUGGACUGUUGAUAACAACUGUGGCUGGAUCAUAAAUCAACCAGAUACUUUGAUUUCUGGAACUUCAGUUGUUAAUGCACUGUGGUGUAAUAGACGGAGUUUAUUUCAAGAAAAGUUUAGACUAAUGGAAAGCUUACCAUACUAUCAAGGCACUGGUCAAUUUAUGCUUACAGGAAGCUUGACCCAUGAACUUAUUCAAACAGUUUUGGAAAAGGAAAUAUACGAAGUUAAGAAAAUAAAUGAUUUACUAAAUGACAUUUUAAAAUCAAAACAUGCCAUUCAAAUGAUGUACAGUGCUGGAGUUUCUAUGGCUGAUUGCAAAAAUCUAAUGAGGCCUUCAAUUGGUCAAAUUUAUAAAUUCAUACAACGCUACAUCAAAGGAGUACAACCGGAUGCUCCUGACAAUAAUUUUGAUGGUGGAAUUGAAAAAAUCUGUGAUAUUGAAGAAAACGUUUGGUUACCGAAUUUAGGAUUAAAAGGAAAAAUAGAUUUAACUGUUGAAGUUACGACAAAGUCAAAAAAUAAUUUGUUUCCAACUGUUGAGCGCAGAGUACUUCCUCUUGAGAUAAAAACUGGUAGAGCAAGUUUUUCAAAUGAACAUCAGGGACAGUUAAUCCUUUAUACAAUGAUGAUGAAUAUGACUGAACGUAAAACAAACUCGGGACUACUAUUGUAUUUGAGAGAAAAUACAAUGAGAGAAGUAAUUGGUAGUUAUCAUGCACAACGCGAUUUAAUUACUUUGAGAAACUCAGUAGCCUACUAUUCGACACGUGAACCAGUAAUAAUGAAAACAAAAGACGAAGAAAAGGUUUUGCCUAUGGAAUUACCAAAACCUAUCAAUCAUCACUCAUGUUCCAAAUGCACUUACAAAUCUUUAUGUUGUACAUACCUUACUGAUGGGGAUCGAAAAGAAAUGCACGAUGGACAUCAUCUUAAAAAUCUUGAUGAUAACGUAACUAGUCAUUUAUUACCUGAACACGUUGAAUACGUAAAAAAGUGGAUAACUUUAAUGCAAAUUGAAGAAAUUACUGAAAACGAGGAUGUAUUCAAAUGGAGUGAUCUGUGGACAAUGAAGCCCUCUAAAAGAGAGAAGAGAGGUUCAUGUAUCAGUGGUUUGAAGAUAAUUGCUGCUACUCCAAAAUAUGGAAAAUUUCUUCUCGAAUUUCAAAGAUUAAAAAAUAGUGACAAUUCAAAAAAAGAAAUUAAUACGUUAGAGUUUUCAGACGAUGAAUACGUUAUUAUAAGCACAAAUAGUAGGAUAAAUAUUUGUACUGGAUAUCUUGAUAGCAAUACUUCAUCUAGUAUUUUUGUGCGUUGCGAAAAAGAUAUAACCAAAAUUUAUAAGGAUGAAGAAUAUCACAUAGAUAAAUCUUUAUACAACUCAUUUUUAACGCACAAUUUGUCACAACUUGGAGGUCUUUUGGAUGAUCACGAAAUUUGUUCCAAAUUGCGAAGAAUAAUAAUUGAAAGACGUCCAGCGACAUUUUCAUCUGAUUUACCGCAAUCAAUACUGGAAACUGGCAAAAGCAUUUUAAAAAGACUCAAUGAAAAUCAGAAAAACGCAGUCCUCAAAGCUUUGGCAGCUGAUGAUUACUUGUUAAUAAAAGGCUUUCCAGGAACUGGUAAAACGCAAACUUUGGUCGCUAUGAUCGAGUUGCUGGUAAAAUUAGAUAUGUCUGUACUGGUUACUGCCCACACAAAUACCGCUUUAGAUAACAUAUUAGUGAAAUUGCUGGAACUUAAUGUAGACUUCAUACGUCUUGGAUCUACUUCGCGAGCUCAUUCAGCUUUAAUUGAAAAGUGUGAUGAUAAUUUGACAUCAAAAUGUGAUUCGCCAGAAGCCUUGCACACUCUUUACUGCAGUAAAAAAGUCGUUGGCGUAACAUGCUAUGGUUCGACUCAUACGCAUCUGUCGCGGCGUAAAUUUGACGUAUGCAUCGUUGAUGAAAGUACCCAAGUUUUACAGCCAACGAUUCUACGACCACUUUACUGUGCAACUAAAUUUGUUCUCGUUGGAGAUCCAGAACAGUUACCUCCAAUAUCUAAAAAUAACGUAGCAAGGAAAAUGGGUAUAAACGAAUCUUUAUUUGCGCGAUUAGAUGCAAAAAGCAAUGUAGUGGCUCUAACUCAGCAGUAUCGAAUGAAUAAAUGCAUAAUGAAUAUCGCAAAUAAAUUGACGUAUAACGACCAAUUGCAAAUUGGCAACGAAAAAGUAUCAAUCUCUACUAUACCUGUAACUAAUUGUGCUGACUUGGAACUGUGCGAAAGGUGGAUAAGAAAAACGCUAUCUUUAAGAUUAAAAAAUUCGGUAAUAAUGCUAAAUACAUCAGCCACUUAUCAUCUCCAUCUUGAUAUAAAUCUAGAACAAAAAAAAUCAAGAAACUCGAACUACUGGGAAACGGCUAUGAUUUUACGGUUAACGGAAGUCCUUAAAAAUUUAGGAGUACAUGCUCAAACCAUUGGCGUAAUUGCACCAUAUCGAGCUCAAGUGCAAUUGUUGCGCUCCAUAGUUUCCAGUGAUAUUGAAGUUAAUACUGUUGAUCAAUAUCAAGGCCGUGAUAAAGACGUAAUUAUUUAUAGUUGCUCAAAAAGCGUACCAAAAGACACUGAUAUAGCAGAAUUUGACAUUCUAGAAGAUAAGCAGCGUUUAACUGUGGCUGUGACUAGAGCUAAACACAAAUUGAUAAUUGUAGGCGAUCUCAAUACAUUAAAUAGGUAUACGCCAUUCAAAAAAUUAAUCAAAGCUUUAAAAUUCCAUGACCAAAUUUAUGAUUUAAAAGAUGGAGAAGAUGAUUUCAGUUUUGAAGAUCUCAUUAGGGUAAUAGUCUAGAUUUUUCUUAAAGAUACAACUAAUAAACUGCAAAGUACAAAUUUUUUAUUUCCAUGAC